AACAUCAGCUUCAGUCUUCACUUCACUUAUAAAAGUGUUUUCAUGUUUCUUGUGUCUGAAUGAACUCUGUGUAGAUCAACAGCUGGUGGAGGACGUCUUGAUUGACAGCUGCUUCUGUCUCUCUCAGCCAAUGAUGAUUGGAUGAGUUUGGUGUCAGUCAUGUUGGCAGAUUUACUGGACAGGAAGUUCCUCCCACGCAUUCAAACAGCCAAUCAGGAGCGAGUUCAGGAGGUGAGAGAGGUGGAGGCGUGUCUGCUCAGAUGUGAAUCUCCUGUCAGACUCUCUUCACACUCUUGAUGUGAGUGAUGUGCGUCUGCAGAAGGUUGCUGUGAUGUUACUCUUCUCUGUCUGCUCUCAGAAACCCUGUAGAUUUUAUACUGCAGGAAGAUGCAGGUUGUGUGAUCCAGGUCUCUUGCAGGUGUCUGUCAUUGAGGAAUCGGGAGAUGAAGAUGAAUUUGUUCAGGUUCGAAGCAUCUGGUGACAGUAAUGGAUGUUUUCUGGCGCUGCUCACACGACAGCCUGAAGCAGAAGCGACAGAGACACCUCACGAUGUUCUCGCUCGAGCUGCUGCCAAAGGCUUGUUACAUGACGUCCUUCCAAACCAGCCAAUCAAAAGGCACGGGUGUGGCCGGAGGUCCCGCAGAGCACCUGUCAAGCAAAGGCAUUCUAAGCAGACACGCCCACAUCCAUCCCAGAGCGACCAAUCACGUCUAGAGGAGUUUAUACAUCGUGAGAUGAGUGGAGACAGUCAUCUAAACAGCAGCGGAUCAUCACAUCCAUCACAGAAUAACUCGGCUGGUUCUCAACGGCCCGCUCAGGGUGUCUUCUCCAGGACAGGCCCCGCCCCAAGCCCCACCUCUUUCUCCACAUCAUCCCAGAGGAGUUUGAAGCAUCCGGGUGUGGCUUCAGUAUCCUUCAGUGUUACUCCGCUGAAAGGACGUCAGGAGGUGCUGCGGCUGGCGACCAUCACGUUUCCCCCGGUCAUCUUCCCAAAGAAUGUUCUGCCUUCUGUGAGGAGACGCCACGCCCUUCCUGCGCUGCGGUCAGACCCCGGACACACAUACCUGCAGUGCAGCAUCGGCCCUCGACCAUCGACCCUCCCUCAGAGCCUCUUCAGAGCCAGUCUUCACCAUGUGUAG